GAUUUGAAAAAGGUUUGUUGAUUUGAUUUUGGAUUUGUUCUUCGAAUUCUUGUUUCCCUUUUUCCCCAGUCAAUCUUUACUCGAGAAAGCAAUUGCUAAUCAUCAGACGUAACAAUGUAUAUGUACUGACAAUAAAAAAAAAAAUAAGACAGUUAUCAUUGAAUUGAGUCGCAAUGACAGUCUGUUGAUUUUAAAGGUGAUGUUUAUUGGGACCACCAGAUGGCACUAUGAAGAGGUUUAGCCUUCUGUCUCCGACUCAGUCCUUAAAGUGGAUCUGUCUGAUCAUUCUGACAUUCCUUGUUCUGGAGUUACUCCUCUUUAACUGUGCCAUAUUCUAUGGCCUGGGUUUGAUACACAAAACAUUUAGCCCAGUGCUUAACAUUGGCAGCGUUGACUGGAAGGAGGACCUGAAACAGGCCCACUGGGUCCGGGAACUAGUUUACAGAGGCAAGGCAGGAGGGUUUGUGUCCUUCAUGCAGGACACAGUAGAGAGAGUUUACAUGAUAGAGGAGGGAGGCUCAGAUGGAAAGAAACUGAAAACUUUUGGAAUAGACGUUUCACACUCUGGAGAGUUUCUAUAUAUUUACAGACACAUCCUGGCAAGGAGAAAAUUUCCGUAUGCUCGAUUAGUGAUAGACAUUGGAGCUAAUGAUGGACUCUUGUCUAGUAACUCGUUUAACUUUAUUCAGAUGGGCUGGUCAGGUUUGUUGGUGGAACCUCAAGCCUCACAGGCAGAAAUGGCUGCCAAAAAUGUGGUCAGGUAUGUAAACCCUUACCGUGAAAAUAACCAGACAGUCAAGGUCAUUAAGAAUGUCAUCAGUAACAAGUCAGGGGUGGUUUCCUUCAUGCGGAGGUCAGACAUUGCUGACAUGGAGGGCCACAUUGCUGCUGAGGAAGAUUACUAUCCGGAUGGUCCGGCAGAUGGUGACUUCAUCCACGUGUCCAGCGUAACAGUCAGACAGUUCACCUCCAAAUACAACGUGCCGAAAUUCUUUGGAGUGUUGUCGAUUGAUGCUGAAGGCACCGGAAACCAGAUUUUGCAUUCUUUUAUUGACUUGGGAUUUCGGCCAGGGUACAUUAUUUAUGAAGAUUUACAUGAGAGAGCAUUUGAACUCCCAGAUGUCACGGAGCAGUACAUGAAAGGAAAUGGCUAUCGCCUCCUGUCCAGGCGGGGCUGGAAUCUUAUCUUCUGUCACCAGGCAAGGAAGUGAUGCAUUCUGCUUCAUGUUAAUGUACAUGUAUUAUUUCAAUCUGAUUAAAAUCAGCUCCUUGAUCCACUCCUCGUCUUUUUUUUUAAUGUCGCUACACUCGUACAGCGACAACAUAAAAAUAAAGGAGCGGCCCGAGGAGCUGAUUUUAAUCAGAUUGGUAUUAUCUAAACAUGUAACAAUGAAACAAAGUUAUUAGUUGUAAGCUUUAUUUGUUUUAUACAUUUACCAGGUAUGAAAAUUACUUUGUUGAAAGCAGCAAUUUAUUUUUUAAGUAUAUUUGUUAUAACUUUAAUACUGUUCAAGUUUGUUAUUCCUUUGUUUUUAUUAUCAGAGAAGUGAUACAUUUGUAUAUACAUGUAUAGAUAGAUACAGUUGAUUUUGUAACAUGGACGAAGUAAAGAAACUCGGUAUAAUUAGUAUGUGCUAAAAAUAUAGAGAUAAUAUUCUCAUAAAUCUUCUCUACACCAGUUCCCAUCCCCUGAAAAAUUAGUAUUAAAGGGGGAGAAACUCAACAUUUUUAUUCAUAACAAUGAAAACAUUUUGAAGGUGAAAAUUGACUACGCAACGAUUCAUAUGAGCACAUGCAGAUCAAAAUAAUGUUACCUCAAAGACAGGACAGUAUAUUUUAAACUAAGAUUUGUGUAUUUAGAAAAGGAUUAUCAACUCAGCAUUAUGAUAUUGAGUGGAAAGAAUGAAGUAUUUUUCAAGUUGUUUUUAGUUUUUAAGUUUUUGCAUACCAUGACAUUAGGUUUGGUUCACAUAUCAAACGUCUAUUAUCUACAUAACAUUUACAUUAUGUAGUAAAUUAUGUACGUUCCAAUUUUUCUCUGGCAAGGAAUUUUGCUAUUAAUUGUAAAUAUAUAUUUUUGAUUGAUAUUCUUCAUGCCUGUUUUAGAAUACAUUGUUAGAAACUAUAUUUGUUUUGAACCUAUUGAAAUAUUUAGAAUUUUCAUGAUCAUGGAACUAAAAUUGAGUUAUUGAAAACAAAUUAAAAUUUUAAUUUUUAAAAAAAUAUACAUGUAUAUAUCAAACAUGGCUUCGGACAAAACGUCUAGUCUAGCUCUACAAUUCGUCUUCCUUCAAACCACGGGGUUAGAUCUAGUUAACGUCAAUAUGAGCUCCUACUUCCUUUACAAGAUCAACAGCAUUUCCGCGGCCAUGGUAGCUAGUGUCGCUUGACUCAAUCGUCUCCAUGCUGUUUUUCAAGGUAUUUAUGUGUCGCACAUGUUGUGACUUUGCACCUUUUUUCUUUUUCACACGUCUGCUUCUCACAUACCAUUUCCGCAGCAGUGUUUCGUAAAGUUAGUAAAAAUAAUUUGGAAUAUGAAAUAGUUUGAGAUAUAAAGCGUACUUAUAUUUACAUGAAAAUGCUUGCGAAAAUUAAACAUUCCUAGUAUGGACAUUAAUAUUUGACCUAAAGUAUCGAUUGUCGUCAUAAAGGGGAGGGGGGGGUAUUUUUUGCUAACAAUGAUCAAUUAUAAAAGCACCAGAAUAGUUUGUACAUUUCCCAAGCAAGAUUCGGAGAAAUGCGUGUUCUAGUUUCGGGAUGUACUUUUUUAUUGUGACAUCACAUAGUGUGUCUGUACAGCAUUGUGAUUUUUCUCGGGAAACUUUAACUACGCUGUGUCCGGUUCUAAAUUUAUAAUAAAUUCGCAACCAUCACGUGAUCAUCGUCCCACAUAUCCUUAAUUCAUAUGCUGUAAAAGCACUUGUGAUUGUAGGGUCAAAUUCUCAGGGUAUGAGCGAAAUAAUGAUGAGUAAUUAGUUUUGGAUUUAGAACAAUAUAUCUAGGAUUUGAAUGCAAUGGGGGAAAAACUCCGAAAAUUAACCCCCUCCCCUAAAUUUAUAAUAAUUUUUUAUCAUCAUUUUAGAUUUGAAUACAUGCAUCUGAUAUUAUCUAAAAAAUGGCAGGAAAACAGAUGAAAAUAAAAAGCAAACAUUCCCCUUACAUAAUAUGAACUUAGGAUAUUUGUUCCCCUGUAUAUAAAAAAAAUGUGCUUAGUGUACAUUGUCAUGAAUCACAAGAUCACAGAAGCAUUGAGGGUCUUUGUGCUCAUUAAAGAGCUAGGUGACAUUGCAUUUGACCUUUUUGCACACAAAAUUCAAUAUAUUUGCCAUUUUUGCAAUCCAAACAACUAAAUCUUUAAAACAAUGUACUAAAUUAUGCACAGAUAUCUUUAUUUCUAUUUUACACAUACCUUUAUGUUGUAUAAUUUUUUUUUUAUCAUAAAAUAUCAUUACAGUAAAAUGAACUUUUGAUGGUGGUCUUUUAUUGAGGCAAUUGGUCAUUUUUAUGUAAUUAGUAAUUUUCUAAUUGGGUGCUUUUAAUCUGUAUUCUUUUUCUUGUCAAAUAAUCAGCAGUGCAAUUAUUCAAAACACUAUUCCUAUUCAUUACCUGUAUCAUAAUGGAAAGUGUACGAUGAGUUUUUUCUUCUGGCUGUGUAUUAGUUUUAUCGUGAUCAAAAUUUACUGCAACGGAAGGUCAUAAUUAUUUAGUGCAAUAACGAAUGCUGUCAGUGUUUUGUAGUGCUGGUUACGAUAUUUAUAGAAUUAUCACAAGUUAGCACAUUUACAAAUCUUUAGAAAAAGUAUGCACACAGUUUUGCAUUUGACGAGUGUUGCGACAUAUUAAUCUAGAUUUUAUUUUUACCUUUUUGGUAGAUAUAUACCUGUAGUUAGAAUUUAAAAUAUAGUUUGUACUUUAAUAGUAUUAAAAUUUUAUUUAACUCAAGGAAGUUAUCGUUUGAUUAAAGUGCAAUUAUUUUUUACUCCAAAGAAUUAAAUUAAGAUUCCAAGGAAUACUGGUAUGUUGUAUUUGAAAUGUUAUAUAAUGUUUGAUAAAUGUUAUAUGUUUGAUAAAUGUUAUAUGAAGGUUGAUAAAUGUUAUAUAAUGGUUGAUAUAUGUUGUAUAAUGAUUUGUAAAUAUUAUGAAAAAGUUGAUGCCAAACGAAUAUGUAACUAAGUUGUCAUGUUUGUUAAAAUGUUCCGAGUGUUUUUAAAAAAAAAAUAAUAAUAAUUACAGGAGUAUGUGUUCUGUGUGACAGUCAUCAUUAACUAUGUGUUCUGUGUGACAGUCAUCAUUAACUAUUUGAUAAACAGCAAAAAUUUUCAUCUUGAAACUAAUAUUCAGAUAGAGAUUUUUGACUUGGAUUGUAUGAAAAUGCAAAGGAAAUUUAAGUUUGUGGAGCCUUGUUUUUCUUCACAUACUGUAGUAGAACUGUACAGUUCACAAAAAUUGUGCCAUUGUAAUAGUAAAAUGUGUUUAUAAGGAAUCUGGUAAUACAGAAAUCUUUAUCAUGAAGAAUAAUUUUAUUUCAUUUGUAAAGUGCAAUUUGAUUGGUUCAUUUGAACAGUUUUUACAUGAAAUAAACUGAGUUGACAUUAAGUCGCACCACAUGCCGUCCUUGGAAUGAUGUCACUAUAUGUUUAACUCCUCAGUUUCGAUUUUGUUGCUAUUCAUUAAUUGACAGUGAAUGCAUUUUUAAAAGUAAAUGUUGAAGAAUGAAAGUAAUUUUCACUCAAUUUCUCUAAUAAAAAGUAAUUAAGUUGAGACAGUUUUAAUUUUUUUUUUUCUUCGAAUAAUUUUUUAAAAAUUUUCUUGUCAUAUCUUUAAUAAAUCUUUGAAAAAUUGUUAAAUGGAACUCAUUUAAUUUUCCUGUCCCAUAAUCAAUUUUGCAUUAUAAUUUAUUUAUAAUGAAGUUGUUAGACCUCAGUUAGAAUGUCCAUCGCCAUCUCACAUUUAUAUUGUUCAGCAAACAAUGAUUUUUUUCCCCCAAAUUUAAGUAUUAUUCCUAAGAAUACUGCAUAUUAAAACAAGAUUAAAUAUGUAUUUGAAGCUUAUGUCUAUAUGUUUCACUGUAAGGAACCUGCUUGUGAAUAUAAAGAACUGCCUUAGGAACCUUUGUUAUAACCAAUUUUAGAUGUCCCCGGGAAGUCCUACACAAACAAGUUUUUCUGUGUUAUAUAUCAAGUCUAACAAAGUAACUGUAAUCUAAUUAUCUCUCAGAACACGGUAAAUAACUGUUAUUUAGAUGACUGUGUGUGAUGUCUUAUUGUUAAUUGUUUACUAACUCAUGUUAUACCCUGGUCAGACCAGACAAACAAAUGUGUUAAGGUGAUCUCUGUGUAGUUAGGAUGACAUGCUGUGUUGCAGACUAACAUCAUUUUUAAUAUUAUUGUCUGUUUCAGUUCUACACCUUCAUUCACGGUUUAAGGUAGGUCCUUAGUCCUGGAUUUUUGGGGUUUAGGUAGCAUUUUUUUGUUUGGAAUCAAUAAAUUAACAUUCAGAGUAAUGAAAAAAGGCAAAACAGUUAAGGGUUUCCAUAUUAAUUUUCAUUACAUACACCACUAAAGUCAUAUACCCCGAUGUAGAUUUUUAGGAAAUUCAUUGGAAACAGUUAUUUGUUGUUAUUUUAAUAUAACAACAACAAAAUAUUUUUUGAAUUGCAUUUAUUUAUCGGGAAACAUGUCAAUAACUAAAACACAUGUCAUUUUCAAUAUGUUCAUCAAGUUUUAGAAUAAUAUGUGGAAAAUUAUUGAAUUAGCGUUAUUCCCCAAAAUGUUAAAAAACAAACAAAUGUGGACGCAUUUUCCUUAUAGCAUGGUUUACAUAUCAUUUUUUCUGUUUAUAUUAGUAGAGUUACAUCUGUUAUAGUUAUUCAUGGGAAAAAAUCCAUACCUUUCCUUAAUAAUUUCAAAUCUAUAGCUUCCAGAUUAUGUAUACCCCCAUCAAAAACUGAAGUCUGGCACCAUACAGCUGAGCUAUUUAAAUCACUCGGGAUUAAAAUUGUAUGUAAUUUCAUGAAAAGACACAGAUAAUGAUUCCUUAUCAUCUUGGUAAAAUGUUUGUCAAAAAUAAAGGAAAUCUAUCGCAUUAUGGACUUGAUAAAUAAUUGAAUGAAAACAGAGUUAUUGUCCUUGGAUUCAAUAUUUUGAAACAUAUCAUUGACUAUUCAAAUAUAACUAAGAAUUUUGAAAUAUUUUAUGGCUAACAAGAUUUUUUACAAUAACUAUUGAAAAAGAUUCCAACAAAAUUUAUGUUCCUAUCAUUAAAUUAUUGACUUUGCAAAAUCCUAUGAUGUCACACGAGUGUGGAACUACGUUAAGUCUGUUUUUUGGAUUCAUGUAUUAACUUUUUGCAUUUUUAACAUCAUUAGCUGAAUCAUUGGAUCAAUUUUAACCACUAAACUUGCAACAAAGCAUUUUUGAAUAAAGGGGAUUGGAGUUUCUCAAACAAAGGACCUUGACCCCUGCCAAAAAGAUAUAUGUAAUGAGAAAUGAUUGAAAAGGAUGGUAUCAAUAAAAGAUAUUCUCCAGAAUUACUUUAAAAUACCAAAUUCUUAAUUACAUUGUAAAUUGCAGAUUAAAGUUUGUUCAAACCAUGGCAACCAGGACCAAGUUAGGGUCCAAGGUUUGAAUACAACAAUGUAUAAGAAACUUAUUCUGAAGGCUUAAUUAAGGUCAGCAUUAUUUUGAUUUUUAAACUUUUAUGGUUAUUAUUUAUUAUGAGAUAGGGUAGCAUAUUCUUUAAUUUGAUUUUAAAAAUUAAUCGUAUUUUCCAAUGCACCCAGUAAUUUUGAAACAAAAAUCUAGCUCUAAAAGUGGAUUUUUAGUGGGAAAAGGAUGGCAGACAAUAAGAAUUUUUUUUUUUAUAUCAAACUGCAAGAAAUAGCAUAACACUGGAUGUAAAUGUUGAUGUGAUUUUGUCACACUAGAAUAUUUUGGGGACAAAAUUAGGUCCUAGUCUUGCUUGUACCUUCUAUAAAGGUGUUGUUUGGAAAGAAGGUUAGUGUUUUUUAAUGUAUAGGGCAAGUCAUAUACAUGCAGUAAAAUUCAUAUAUACAUGUAGCAAUUUAAAAGUAGCUGCACAUUCUAUGACAUAUCCAUUCUUUGACAUAUCAUCAAUUAGCAUUAACAUCAUAGCAUUAUUAAUCAUUUAUAGUUGUAUUAGUAGAUUGUUUAUUUAUAAAUCUUUUAAAGUAUUGGAAAAAAGAAUGUUGUGACAUAAUGUAGGGCUCAAAGUAGGUCCAUAAUUAUGUUGACUUAUAUUUGUUUUAGAACAUAAUAAUGUACAUAGUAAUUAUGCUGUUAUAUAGAUGUAUAUUUCAUUAUUACUCAGUAUUUUAUUACAGCGAUCCUAUACAGUUAGUAUUCAUUAAGGAAUAGAUGUUGUAUAUACAUGUGUGCAUUGUCUGUAAAACAAUGGGAGUGUGUGAGCAAUUUGUAUAAUCAGAAAAGUGGAUCAAGAAAUUAUAUUCACAUGACACAAACAAUUCGAUAUUUAUUUACAUUUCUGAUAUUUUUGCCUUUGAUAUAUUUACAAAUUGUAAUAAUAGCCAUUUCCUCAUGAAGGGGAAGCCUCGUGGUGCACACACUUAUGUAUUUGAAAUUUAUUUCUUUUAAAAAUAUAUUGCUACUUGUUUUCUUUUAUAAAUUGAUCAGUGGCGGAUUAACACACCCCCCCCCCCCCUUUUCACCGCAAAAUAAGGCAAACUUUAGAUUUGAUACCUAAAAUGGCAGAGUAUUUUGGCUAACAUGUGGGCCCUCCUUUUUCGGAAAUCCUGGGUCCGCCUCUGUAGAUAGGGUUUUAUAUGAAGAUUUUAUCGAUAAAUUAUUAAAAAAACGGAUAUUGCACAGGCAAAAACAUUGAUCAGUCGGGUGUAAAAUAUUCCUGUAUGUUAAUUUUGUUCAAUACUCAUCAAACGUUACUUAACUUGUUAUCUGGGAUAUAGUGUCUGCGUGGAAGGAAUCCUAGAAAUAAAGUAAUGGAACUUUA